AUGGGCACUUACUGUGGCGCGUGCGACCAGGCCUUCCUUACCGAGCAAGACUACGGACUGCAUAAGCGCGACUCGGAGAAUCACGAAUACUGCUGGCACUGCGACCAGGAGUUCGACAGUCCGGUGAUGUUAGAAGAGCAUCUCGUGCAAAGCUCGCGGCACGCCUUCUGCCAGUACUGCAAGCAGCAGUUCCAGCAUCGCCAAAGUCUUGAAGCUCACUGGGAGGGCUGCCACUUCUGGUGUGCUGGUCACCGUAAGUUCCAUCCAAACGAAGGUGAACUUGCAAGACACUUCAAGGAACAUCCGGAUCACCCUUACUGCGAAGCGUGCGGCAAAUGCUGUUCGGAAACAGACAUAUACGAGCACUACGACAGCAGGCAACAUCCUGAGUGCACAGAGUGCGAUCGCCUCUUCGCGACGGACGCGUUACUGAAAGCUCACAUGACCGUCGACCACAACCACUGCCCACAAUGCAACCUCUUCUUCCAGUCCUGUCCUCGCCUCGACGCCCAUCUUAGCUCGCGCCGACACCAGCCAGCGUUAGUCACUUGUCCGGGCGAUGAUUGCGGUCAGGUCUUUGUCAAAGCGUCGGAGCUACGCCAACACUUCGAUUCGAGAAUGUGCUCGGUUUUCAUUGUCUGA